CUCGUUGCCGGGGCCGCGCUUGUCGAAGGCGUGUACAUGGCCAAGGCGAUGUUUGAGUCCAAUGAGUUUGUGACCGAGGCGAUGAAGAGCGGGGUGGCGAACGCCGUCGUGCUGCGCCCCUGCAUUCCCGGCGACGCGGCCGAGUGGGUGAAGGCGAACCAUAAUUCGUGCAACAGCAUCGGCGGUUCGACCGCGACCUUCGUAGAGAUCAUGGAACAAGUGAAGGGCGCCGAAGCCAGCUGGAAGAGCAAGUGCGACGUCGAGACCAUCACAGUCGACGGCUGCCCAAAGAAGGGUCCAUGCACCUACGCCGAGAUCUAUUCGAACCACGUCCUCUCCAAAUGCAAAGGCCACUUCUCUGGGUGGGGCCACUGCCGGGCGGCGAAGGGCGCAGUCGACAAGGCGACGAACCAUUUUGAUGUGUACGCGGUGUGGAAAGCGUUCUGCGAGAGCAACUGCAACUUCUUGUGUUCGCGCGCGACCAAGCAGGGGCUAGCAGAGAUUCACAGCCACAUCAUGUUCAUGAUGGACCAUUUUGUAGGUUCGAUGCCAGAGUGGUUCCUGAAGGAGAUUGUGCUGCACCUCCUGAAGAUGGCGACGCCGAUCGACCCUCGCGAGCAGGAUGCGGCGACCAUCAAGUACUCCAAUGUCUUGCCCAUCGCCGUCGUCGCCAAGACCGAGUGCAUGCUUUCGGUUGCCCAGAAGAGGAAGCAGGACGUCGCCGGAGACGCCGCGGUCACGGCCGCCGAGCACGAGGGCGAUCAGCCGGGCCCGGCGAAGAUGCAGAAGACGGGGGGCGCUAAGAAAGGCCGUGGGAAGGGCAAGAGCAAGCCGAAUGCCGCGGCCGUCCAGGCGACUGUUCAGGGGAACUUCUCGACCGCGAUCGGGGGCGAGAAGUUUACGCGCGAGAAGCUGUUCCUGGACGACUUGGCGCAGGCGCUUCUGGCGCCUGUUCGGCCCCUCGACGAGAGGGGCAUCCAGAGGAAGGAGAUUUCGAAUGUUGCAUUGGAUGCCUUGAUAUUUGCACUACGGGGAACGAUCACCCUGAGCGCCAAGGAGCUGAAGGCCUGGAGCAAAGCGAGGGAGGCAUUGCAGAACGACGUUGUCAAGAGCCACAUGCAGUCCCUGAGCGUCCUCGCAACGGGCGUGGCGAGGCAGAAGGCGGGCGAGAAGGCUGGGGCAGCGGCGGGCGCGCCAGACCUCAGCUCAGAGGACGCGGCGCAGUCCAUUCUCGAUCUGCUCAACGGGGGUCUGGUCCAUGACGACUACGAAGCGCCUCCGCAAUUCCACCCCGCUCUGGAGCCCUUUCUCGGCAACUACAGAUUCGCCCUGCAGUUUAGGACCGAGUUCAUGGCGACGAAGGACGUGCCCGUUGCCGCGCGCCCGCGGGUCUUGUCCAUGAUGGCCGCGGUCGCUGCUGAGCUCCCGGGGCUGUCUAUGGAGUUCGCGACUGGGGUCAACAACAAGAUCCCCAUGGGCCCCCUCCUGGAGCUGUUCAGCCGCCAAGUGUGCACUGUCUACGACGACAAGUGGAGCGCCUUCGGCAGCGCCGUCGCUGGCGUCGCGGGCGCGGAGCUGUGGAAGUCGGGCGAGGAUGCCAUGAGCCCCGAGGACGUGAGCGCGGGCAUUUUCGAUUCCUGGGCUGAGAUCGACGCGUGUUUCAGGUCCCGUGCGCAGCUCCAGCGGAUCCUAAUCAAGAGGCUAAUGUCUGGCGCUGGGUCCUUUUCCGACUGUGACCUGGGCGGGCACGUUGCCGCGCUGGAGCGCAGCAUGGGCAACCUCGUGGCCGUCGAGCUGAAGGUCACCCAGAACAAGAGCAUCGAGUUCUGGACGUUUAUACUCCAGAGCGCCCCCAGCAACAUCCAGGCGGUGCUUCUGCAGUCGUUGCAGCGCGGCGGCGACGCCUCG